CCGGCUCCCCGCGGCCCCGGGCCGGCCUCAGUCCCGCCAGCGCCCGGCUCCCCGCGGCCCCGCCCGGCGGCAGGAUGGUGCGGAAGCUGAAGUUCCACGAGCAGAAGCUGCUGAAGCGGCUGGACCUGGUGAGCUGGGAAGCGGCCUCGGGGAACCUGGCCGAGCUGCGGGUGCUGCGGCGCUACCGCCUGCAGCGCCGGGAGGACUACACCUGCUACAACCAGCUGAGCCGGGCCGUGCGGGAGCUGGCGCGCCGCAUCCGCGACCUGGGCGAGGCCGACGCCGCCUUCCGGGCCCGCUGCACGGCCGCGCUGCUGGAGAAGCUCUACGGGCUGGGGCUGGUGAGCUCCAAGCACUCGCUGGAGCAGUGCGACCGGGUCUCGGCCAGCUCCUUCUGCCGCCGCCGCCUGCCCUGCCUGCUGCUCCGGCUCCGCAUGGCCCAGAAGCUGCGCGACGCCAUCACCUUCAUCGAGCAGGGACACGUGCGGGUGGGGCCCGAGGUGGUGACCGACCCCGCCUGCCUGGUGACCCGGGCCAUGGAGGAUUUCAUCACCUGGACCGACUCGUCCCGCAUCCGCCAGCACGUGCUGAACUACAACCAGGAGAGGGAUGACUUCGACCUCGCCUGCUAGGAGGGCAGAGGGCCCCGGGGAGCUGCUGGCUAAUCUACCCCACCAGCCUGGGAGGAGACUCUGGACCCAGAUAUGCUGCCCCUUCAUGCCAGGGGGAGGGGGCUUGGCCUGCAUGUGCUGCCCUGGCCCAGUUGUUCUGUGUACCACCUCCCCCUGCAAAGGGAUUCCUGGGCUCAGAUGGGCCUUAUCUGAUACCAUCCACCUCCUCUGUGAAGGGACUCUUGGCUCACUUGUGCUACCAUGCUUGCUUCCUACCACCUCUUUGUGAAGGGACUCCUGGCCCAGAUGGGCUGAGGCCAAUACCACCCACCUCCAGAAGGAAGGGAUUUCUGGCCAGGUGGGCUAUUAAGCAGAUAUUAUAAGUCACUGUCCCCAAGUCUCUGCCUCCUCUGUGACAUUUUACCCUCCUGCUGCAAAGACCAUUAGCAGAACAGCCAGAAUGGUGUUAUUUUGUUGUCACCAUCAAAGGGGCAUCUAUAAGGGACUGAUGAACAAAUGCGCUCCUGGCCAGGAAAACAAUCUAGAGGGUGACUGAAGAUUUAAGUUUUGUUGCUCAAAUGUGAUGGUGGAAGAGAUACAGGUUUUAUACUUUGUCUUGUCAAAGGGCUUCUCUCUCACAAUAGUCACUCUUUCAAAAAUAAAUCAACAGGGAUCGUUCUGUUUUCAGAACUAAACUUUGCUAGUUACGCUAACAUUGUAAUCUGCAGCAAUACCUAAAACAGUCCUCGUGAUUUUCUCACAUGUUUAAUAAAACUGAAAUUACUUUUCUUAGAA